ACAGAGGAGCCUCCUGCUAUGGUCCUUGGGGUCCCAAAGAGUCAGACAUGACUGAGUUGCUUUCACUUUCACAGGGUUACUGUAAGGAGUAUAUGCAUUAAUUAAAUACAGUGCUGAGAGCAGUGUGUGACAUAAAGUGAUGAAGUACUGUUAACCUACUUGUCUCAGUGUGGCUGAGACUUCAUUAUUUUGAGCUGGUCCUGUGUUAGUGGAGUAAGAAGGCACUGCAGAUACAGCGUGAUAGUGAUUAAAAGAAUCAGGCAGUGGUUGCUGCUAUUUUAACAGACUUUGCUGUUCCCUUCAGGGCUGUAGGUCAUAGGCACCCCUGGCUAAAUUAUAAAUAAUUUUUAAAAAAAUUUAAGGUGAAUCCAAAAAAUUAAUAAUAAUAAAAUCAAGAGCAGGGUUAUUUUCACAACGGGCACUGCUCUGUGAUACCUCCAAGCUUGAUUGUGAGAAAGAUUAUUUUAGUUCUUGCUAUGUAAAGAUUUAAAGGUAUUACCUUUUUCAUAGCUUGCAAAUGCUUUAAUUUUACCGAUUUGAAUUAAGAGCGGAAAAUCAGUGAAUCAAGAGGACAAGACCUUGGAGUGUAAAAUGAAUGUCUUUUCACCACCCAGGAAAAUCAGCACUGCUAAGAGGGAGACGUAGUGUGGAUCCGGGUAACAUUUAAAGUCAGUGAUAAUCCGGGUGAAAGGAUCAUGCAGGAUUACGAGCGUUUGCCCUUUCGCUUGUAGCCCACAGAUCUGCCGCGGACGCCGUUUCAGACAUGCUGAGGAGCGCUCUGCUGUGCGCAGCGCUCUGGCUCCUGCGCGCGCAGCCCUUCCCCUGCCCACCCACCUGUAGGUGCGCCUUCCGCGACGCCGCGCAGUGCUCGCGCGGCACGGUGGCCGGCAUCGCCGCGCUCGGCCUGCCCACCAACCUCACGCACAUCUUGCUUUUCCAAAUGGGCCGCGGCACCUUGCAGAACAACAGCUUCAGUGGCAUGACCGUCCUGCAGCGCCUGUUGCUGUCCGACAGCCACGUUUCCGCCAUUGCCCCGGGCACGUUCAACGACCUGAUAAAACUUAAAACCCUGAGGUUAUCGCGCAACAAGAUCACUCACCUCCCAGGCGCACUGUUGGAUAACCUGGUGCUCCUGGAACAGUUGUUUCUGGACGGCAAUGAACUAAAGAUCCUUGACAAAAACCUGUUUCAGAAACUGGUUCACCUGCAGGAGCUCUUUCUGAACCAAAACCAACUCGCUUUCCUGCCUGCUAGCCUCUUCACACACCUGGGGAACCUGAAAUUGUUGGAUUUAUCGGGAAACAAUUUGACCCACCUGCCCGAGGGGUUGUUUGGGGCCCAGGUUAAGCUUGAGAAGCUUCUGCUCCACUCAAACCGGCUGGUCUCUCUGGGGUCGGGGCUGUUGGACAGCCUGCGGGCCCUGACGGAGCUGCAGCUCCACACCAAUCACCUCCGUUCCAUCGUCCCCGGCGCCUUCGACCAGCUGCGAAGCCUGAGCUCCUUGACCCUUUCCGGAAACAGCCUCGAGUUCCUGCCCUCCGCCCUCUUUCUUCAUUCUCACAAUCUGACCUUCCUGACCCUGUCUGAGAACCCGCUGGAGGAACUCCCCAAGGUGCUCUUCGGGGAGAUAGGCGGCCUGCGGGAGCUGAGGCUGAAAGGCACCCAGCUGCGCACCCUGCCCGCCGCCGCCUUCUGCAACCUCACUGGCCUGCGCAUCCUGGAGGUGUCGCUGAGCCCGGGGCUGAGCGCGCUCCCGGAGGACGCCUUCCGAGGCCUCGGCGAGCUGCAGGUGCUCGCCGUGAACUCCACAGGCCUGGCCUCCCUCCCCGCCGGCCUGCUCCGCGGCCUCGGCCGGCUGCGCCACGUGUCGCUGCGCAGCAAUCGGCUGCGCGCCUUACCCAGCGCUCUCUUCCGCAACCUCAGCAGCCUGGAGGAGGUCCAGCUCGACCACAACCAGCUAGAGAUCCUGCGGGGCGACGCGUUUGAGGCUCUGCCCCGGCUGGCGGAGGUCCUGCUGGGACACAAUCCCUGGCGCUGCGACUGUGGCCUGGGGCCGUUCCUGGCGUGGCUGCGGCGGCACGCGGGCCUCGUGGGUCGAGCCGAGCCCCCGCGGUGUCACGGGCCCGGGCCGCACGGCGGCCGACUGCUCUGGACCCUGCAGGCCGGCGACCUCGUCUGCCCGCGCUCCGAGUCAUGGAUCCGGCCAGUGGUUGAGGGCCAAAGUCAGGACCAUAGCCUGUUCUGGGGUCUUUAUUUUCUGCUUUUAGCCGCUCAGGCUCUAAUUACCGGGAUCAUAGUGUUUGCGAUGAUUAAACUCGGCAGGCUCUUUCGGAAAUUAAUCACAGAGUUCUGGUUUGAGGCGAUGAGAAAACCUUGCAAUUAAUUAAAACGUGACCGGAGCAUUGGCAGACGCGGCUCCGGGGAGAGCUCAGAUCCGCUGACGCUAUCUUCCUCUUCCUUCUUCCUCCUCUGCCAUCUCCUUCCCUCCUUCUCUUCUCCCUGUUCAGUGACACCUCUCCCUCUGAGCCCCCGUACCAUUUACAGUGGUAAACCGUGACUGUCUGUUGUGCCUGUCUCCCUAUCCACAGUGUGCUCCUGGCAGCGCGGACUGCGACGGCCCCUCCCUGUGCCCACAGUCGAGGGUGGCUGGGUGGGUGGGGCGACAAAGGCGGUCUCUGCACUGUGAACUGAGGGUGGGUGCAAAGGAGACAGCCAACUGCAGCCUCCCUCCUGCACCUGGUAGAUGUCUGGCAAAUGUUUGCAAAAUGAAUAAAUAGAAUG